AUGAGCGCGACAGAGCAACGUUAUCCGCAAAUAGAUAAGAAAGCAUUGGCAAUAGUCUGGGCUGUUCAAAAGUUUUUUUAUUACCUGUAUGCCCGACACUUCACGAUUAUAACGGAUCAUAAACCGUUGACGCAGAUCCUGCAUCCAGAAAAAUCGUUGCCAACCCUUUGCAUCAGUCGCAUGGCCAACUACGCCGACUAUCUAUCACAUUUUGAUUUCGAUGUCAUAUUUAAACCAACGAAGGCAAAUAUCAACGCUGAUUAUUGCUCGAGAAUACCAGUGUCCUCAACGAAGACCGUUACGCAUCAAGUUACACUAGAAGAGAGAGAAGAGAUAGAGUACGAUGGAUUCGACCAUUUUGUGCUACAUCAGAUAAAGCAACUUCCGGUGGACGCUGAGAGAAUCGCACGUGAAAUGCGUAAAGACCCUCACUUGGGAAAGAUUCUGCAGCAAUUGGAAGCAGGUCAAGACUUAGCUCGUUCCGGUUACAAAGCACCUGAGGCUAAUUAUAGACUAGGAAGCAACUGCUUAGUGUUAGAGAAUCAAGUUGUCAUUCCACCAGUGUUCAGAGAGACGAUACUGAAGGAACUGCAUACUGCGCACUUAGGGAUCGUUAAAAUGAAGGGUCUGGCAAGAUCCUUUGUUUUUUGGCCCGGCAUCGACUCCGACAUAGAGGGAAAAGCCAAAACGUGUUCAGAGUGUGCAAGGAACGCGCAUGAACCGCCGAAGUACCGUAGUCAUCAUUGGGAGUACCCCAAGAGCCCUUGCGAAAGAAUUCAUAUUGACUACGCUGGACCCGUAGCGGGAAAAAUGCUACUCAUUAUCGUCGACGCCUAUAGCAAGUGGCUCGAAGUAAAAGUUACCAGCUCCACGACUGCAUCAGCAACGAUUGUCAUCAUGGAAGAAUUGUUUUCUGCCUACGGAGCUCCAGUCACCAUCGUAUCAGACAAUGGUCCGCAGUUUGCAGCCAUUGAGUUCAAAUCAUUUCUUCAAGGAAGCGGUGUUAAAUUUCAUAAAUUCAUAGCACCGGCUACGAAUGGUCAAGCCGAGCGCUGUGUCCAGACAGUAAAGGACGCAUUAAAGACUAUGGCGACGACACCAGGAUCGCUACAACACAAUCUUAACAAAUUCUUGUGCCAGUAUAGGAAAGCACCUCAUGCUACAACAGGCCAAUCUCCAGCACAACUUUUCCUAGGACGCACUAUACGGACUAGACUGGAUCUAGUAAGGGCAGAUGGAGCAGACGUGAAGGCCACGCAGAAGCGGCAAGCUGUAGCUGAUUCAACGUUCCGUAAAUUUCAGCCUACCCAAAAGGUAUACUUCCUAUCAGGCAAUCCUCGCAUGGAUAAGUGGAUACCAGGUACAAUUGUCACGCGCCUGGGAGACCUCCACUAUGAGAUCGACUAUCAAGGUAAACGAUUCAGACGACAUGUAGACCAGAUGAGACCACGCUGGAUUAAAGAAGAUCAUCAGCGAUGGAUCAAUUCGCAAGAUCAAGGGGCUGGUCGCACCAGCCCUCGCCAAAUUCGUUUCUAUGGAGAUUCUGAAGCUAAAUCAACAGCUUCCCCAACAUCAACACGAAACUCCUUAUCAAGAAGCAGUUCGGAUCCAUCUGAUAUGAGACAUUUUGUAUCAUUGUCAGACGACAGUUCGGAUCCGCCUUGUGUCACACUCUCGUCCGGAUCAGACACUCCUCCAGCCAGUCCUCCGCGGAAACGGAAAAGAACACCGCCACCGCCAGCACCUCGAAGGACAACUCUAGCGUAA